AUCGAUCGCGAGUAAUAUCGCAUCAGCAUUCAACGAACACACACACAAUCGGAAUCGAUUAAGAGAGCAAAUUGUGUAGUAGUGUUGCAUAUGGAGACACCAAAGAUAUCGGGAGUAGCACUUGCGGCAGCCAUUGCCGUCGUUCUGGCCAUGGCGACCACGCCGGCGGUGGCGCAGAACUCGCCGCAGGACUUCGUGGACCUCCACAACGCGGCGCGACGCGUGGAGGGCGUCGGCGAGGUGGUCUGGGACGACGCCGUGGCGGCGUACGCGGAGAACUACGCGGCGGAGCGCGCCGGCGACUGCGCGCUCAUCCACUCCGGCAGCUGGGAGAAGGCCGGCUACGGCGAGAACCUCUUCGGAGGCUCCGGCAGCGAGUGGACGGCAGCGGACGCCGUCAACAGCUGGGUGGGGGAGAAGGAUCUGUACGACUACGACAGCAACAGCUGCCUGGGGUCGUGGGACUCGUGCCUCCACUACACGCAGGUGAUGUGGAGCCGCACGACGGCGAUCGGCUGCGCCCGCGUGGACUGCGACAACGGCGGCGUCUUCAUCACCUGCAACUACAACCCCGCCGGCAACUUCCAGGGAGAGCGCCCCUUCGAGCGUGGCCUCACUCUCUCUGCUUAAUAAGUUAUUAAUACAGUAUUUACUUUAACUAUGUAUGGAGUAUGAUAUAAAUGUGCGAAAUAAUAAUUACGGGGAUCUUAUUAUAUAUAUAUGUACGUUGUCGUUCGAAUAAAAGAAGAAAAUAAAUGAGAAAAUUAAUUCCAUUGUCUG